UCACGAAGAACCCUCCACCAGAAAUUUCUGCCUUCGCGACUGAUAAUCACGCGAUUUGAGAUCAAGCAUUGUGGGUUGCAAGACACGUCUACAAUAGACAUGGCCGCUGCAAAAGAAUAUACCGAUGAGCAACUAAACUACUACAAGAUUUGUUGCGUCACAGCUGAUAUCCUAACCGAAGGUUUGCGGACAAUUUUCAAACAAGAAUGGGACAGUCGUUACAGGACGACCUUUGGAGAAUGGAAAGAUGAUCCUGGUAAUGGGACAGACUUUUACAAUGCAGAGUCCCGGCCAAACCAAAGAAGGAACAAGCAUCUAUUGGCGACCAUGAUUAAAGGAAAUAGAGCAGACUGGGACUGUACCAUGCUGUUUUACGCCAUUCUCUACUCCGAUUGCAUCUCUGGUCUAAACGCGGUAGUAAAAAAGAAUGUUGACAAUCUAAGAAAUUUUCGCAAUGAAGAAUUUGCUCACAUGCCCCAAGGUCAACUUUCGGAGUUAGAAUUUAACACGGCUAUUGGCAAAGUUUUCGCUGCAUUCCAGGCACUAGGUCUUUCCACUACAGAAAUUCAACAGAUCGCAAACCAAAAGACGUUUCCGACGAAGAAGUUAAGAGAUGUUUUAGACAAAGUAAACGAUUUAAAAAAAGACUUACAAGAAAAAGAGAAAGAAAACAUGGAAAUUGAAGAUCAGCUAAAGGAGAUAGAGACUGAACGGCGGAAUCUGAAAGAUCAGCUGAAGGAAAAUGAAAAACAACUGCAGGGUCUUAAAAAUGAGAUCGAAGAAACAGAAGGAAAACGAAAGGGCCUUGAGGAUCUCAUAGAGCGAAGAGAAAAUGAACUGCAGGAAACAGAUAAACACCGCAGGAACCUUAAAGACCAGCUAAAGAGAACAGAAGAACUACAAAGGAACCUUGAAGAUAACUUAAAGAAAACAGAAGAGAGACGAAAGAGCCUUGAAUAUCAGUUACAAGAAAAAGAAAAACAAGUGAAGAGCCUUGAAGAUCUGCUGAAGAAAUCCGAAGACCAACGACAGGUUCUUUCCGAACAACUGCUGAACGAUACUUCCCCAUUUUGCAUUCUUCCUCCUAAACCUUCACACGACCUAGCAAGUCGCGAUGUUGAGGUUGCUGACAUCACAAAACAGCUGCAUGAGCUUAAGCGAGCUGAUGAAGGCAACUUAAGCAUCUUGUAUAUCUCCGGGAAUCCUGGCAGCGGUAAAUCGCAACUGGCCGGUCUUGUAGCCAAGAGAUUUUACGAGAAUGCCCGAAAAGACUCUUGCUCUGAAGUGUUUGUAAUGACACUGGAUGCGGAGACGUUAGGCACACUUCAGGAAUCUUACAUCACGCUCGCUCGACAAAUAAAGUGCCCGGAACAUGCUAUUACAAGUAUCCAUAGCUCAAAGGAUUUGAAGACAGAGGAGAAGAUCAACACAGCCUGAUAUCCUUAAUCAGCACAAAGAUUGGUCAGUACGAGUCCUGGCUUCUGUUGGCUGAUAACGUUAAAAGCUUAUCUGAACUGCAUGUUCAUUUACCUCGGCAAGGACAUGGACAGUGGGCAAGAGGGUAUCUGUUGAUCAUAACUCAAGAUACCUCGUGUAUACCGUUACCAGGCACUUCCAUUCAACACAUCUCAGUAAGCGAGGGUAUGCAGUCCCAAGAGGCCUCUUCUUUGCUAGCCCUGAUUUCUGGUAUCAGUGACAGUGAGCUGGGAGAAGCAGUAGCUAAAGAACUCGAUAACCAACCCCUUGCGUUAGCAAGUGCUGCCACCUAUGUGAAGCAACUUCGACAGAGCAAACGUUUUUCAGAGUUUGGUUGGAACGACUUUCUGAAAAAAGUAGAAAAAGGGCAACGUGAUGCGACAGAGACUCUACUUGCAGAGAUCAACCCUUGUUACAAGAAAUCAAUGACAACAGCAAUAACACUAGCCGUUAGAGAAGCGAUGGAAUCAGACAGAAUCAUAGAUCAUGCCUUAACUUUUCUCUCCCUCUGCGCGUCACAGCCUUUGAAUGAGGAUAUCGUGGUGAACUAUAUCGUAAACGUUGUGGAAGGAAUAAAAGAUAAAGAGAUGAUAAUUAUGAAACUCCAAAGAUGUUCGCUACUUUUGUCACAUGAAGAUGAGUUUGGUGUCCACAUCCGCAUACAUCAGGUUGUACACGAUGUCGUUACGUCGUUGAUUCAGGGUUAUCUGGAAAGUCGUCACGUGAAAAAUUUGAAUAGCGCUGUGGCGGCGUUUAACCAGUUCAUAGAUAUCAACUUACCAAAUGAAACGUCAGGCUCAAUUUUGAAAAGCUACGCCCUUUCCCUACAUUUAAGAUGUUUCAUUCUUAAUUUUGACAAUGUACUUUCAGAGGUUGCCCUUUCCCGAAUCGUCCAACCUAAAAUGGAGAAGCUAGGCGAGAUUUGUUUUGACCAUUGUCAUUUUCAGGCCGCAAAGAAAUGUGACGAAUUUUUAUUACA